AUGACCGGAUCGCCGUCUGUCAUCUACAUCCUAUACAACGCCAAAGCUUCGCUGCUUGGAAAACUGAAUUAUGUCUGUCGGAAGUUAAGCACACCAGCAGAUCAAAGUGCCUGCGCCGCUUGCGACUUGACGCAUGGUGGGUUGAGACUUGACGAGUCGGCGGAGUGGAAAGCUACGAAGCAGAAGAUUCCCGCACAGGUAAAACAGCUUCAUACGGACGAGCUCACUCCUGAACUGUCAGAUUUUGUGUCUACAAACAAGUUGAGGUAUCCUGUUGUACUGGGCCAGGACUCGGAGAGCGAAAGCACUCUCAAGGUCCUCCUUACCUCUGAAGAUCUUGCUGGGGUCUCCAAGAAUCAUUCUGGCUUUUUGUCUUUGCUUUUGGAACUAGGUAUAGUGGACAUGUUCGACAUAUCGCUUCGUGGCUGGAAAGAUGGCGUGGUGGAUCCUAUAAGUCGAGGAGUACCGCAAUCCAUUACUCCCGGUCAGAUAACAUUCAGCGCGUUCGUGUGCGGACUGCUCUCGUGUUUCUUGGCGACGAGGCCUGGCUAUGAGAACGUGGCACUGGCCUUUUGGGUGCUGAACCGGUUCCUUGACUGCCUCGAUGGAUCUCUUGCUCGAGCCAGAGGUUGCGCCACCCAGCUCGGAGGCUUCCUUGACCUUCUCAGCGACUUCAUCAUUUACUCUCUCCUUCCCAUAUCAGUUGCUCGAGGGCAGUCAGAAUUCGUCCUGAUUGACUGGACAGCACUGGCUCUGCUAGAAGCGAGCUUUCACGUCAAUAACUUCGUGCUCUUCUACGUUGCUGCAGUGGCUGCCGACAAAAGUGACGGCGAGUUAACUAGUGUCACAAUGAAACCUGCUUUGAUCGAGGGAUUCGAGAGUGGCUUACUGUUUACAAUGAUGCUUAUCUGGCCUGCUCGGAUCAAUGUGUGGUCCAGAAUUAUGGCUGCAGGCGUGGCAUUUGGCACUGCGCAAAGGGUAUGGAGCUUGGUGCCCAUACUCAAGCGGUUCGACGCUCGAAAAAAAGCAGAAUGA